CGCGUAGACUUGUGGGUAAUUUAAGGUGCAAAGCAGAUCAACACGCUGAAGGAAGACUGUGGGUGGAAAAAAAUAGCUUCCGCAGUUACAGUCAGCCGACGAGCCUAAAUGCUUCCUGAGGGGACGUAGUUGUGCACUCCUUUUAGUUUUGUGGGUCAAGGUUUCCCAAACAGUUGCGCCGCUCGGCCGGUGCUGUGAUAAUUAGCGCAACAUGAGUCUGAACGAGCAUUCACUGCAAGCCCUGUCCUGGAGGAAGCUGUACCUGAGUCGAGCCAAACUGAAAGCUUCAAGUCGGACAUCAGCUUUGCUCUCCGGAUUUGCCAUGGUCGCGAUGGUGGAAGUGCAGCUCGACAACAAAUAUCCAUACCCACCUGCUCUCCUCAUCGCCUUCAGUGCCUGCACUACCGUGCUCGUUGCUGUUCACCUGUUUGCUCUGAUGGUCAGCACCUGCAUUCUGCCUAACAUAGAGGCGGUCAGCAACGUCCACAACCUCAACUCUGUGAAGGAGUCUCCGCAUGAGCGGAUGCACAGACACAUUGAGCUGGCGUGGGCUUUUUCAACUGUGAUUGGGACUUUGCUCUUCCUCGCCGAGGUUGUUCUGCUCUGCUGGGUGAAAUUUCUGCCCAUUAAGCCCGACCAAUCCAACAACAGCACCUUCUCCUCUGGUGUGGCUGCUGCUAUUACCUCAACCUCUAUUAUGGUCCCGUUUGGUUUAAUCUUCAUAGUCUUUGCUGUGCAUUUUUAUCGCUCACUGGUCAGCCACAAGACUGACAGACAGUUUCAGGAGCUGGAGGAGCUGUCUAACCUCACCAGGCUUCAAAACGAGCUCGACAACAGAGGGGAAUCUUCAAUCUUACAAUCGCCAAGCUCCCAGUUCCCAUAGACAAAUACCCCGAUCUGUAUUGGAACUUCCCGAGAGGGCAGAAAUUUAGGAUUUACAUUUUUACAAGAAAGAUCUUUCACCAUUUGAAGGUUUUACUUUUUUUUUUUUCUUCUUUUUUUUUUUUAGAAGACACACUAUCUUAAUGUGAAAUUUAGGAUUUACAUUUUUACAAGAAAGAUCUUUCACCAUUUGAAGGUUUUACUUUUUUUUUUUUUUUUUUAGAAGACACUUUAUCUUACUUUGAUCUCAUGGAUGCGUCAUAAUGCAUGUAGCUGGAAAUCACAAAGUUCUUAAUGUGAUAGUAGCCUAAUAUUACCACUCGUGAUCAGAUAUCCACCCUCCAUUUGUUUCCUGGUUAAAACGUUUAUCUGAUCUUUUUUUCUUUUUUUUUUUUUAAAGAUAUAUUUUGAAGUUUGACCUGCUGAGGAAUUACACGUUGUACAUGUUAUUGGUUUAUGUGUUUCUUGGCCAAAAGUAGUGUGCUUGAUAACAGCUCUACUCAUUAUGUCAGACAUAUCAUGCCUGGACUUACUUCUGUUGCCUGCUGCAUUUAUUUAUCAUUUAGUAAAAAAACACAUCAUGUUUAUCAGUUAUUGCACAUCUGUGUUUGUGAAACAGAGCCUUUUAACUUUUUGUGUAUUUAAAGAAAUCUACUGUCCUGGCAGUUUUGAACAGUUUGCUGUAUGUGUUGACUAAUAAGCUGCCAACCUUACAGUAUUAAUAGAGUGCUGACAUGUGUUGUGUUUUAAUAAACACUUUUUAACUAAA